AUGUCUUUGACUGCUAGACAAGCGAAACAACCCAUCUCAGAACAACAACUUCAAUCACUCUUUGAUAAGAAAAGAUUACAACACGAGCAAAAACAUCAAGAAUAUGUAACCAUGAUGAAGACUAGAAGUAAGGAAAGAACGAGGGAAUUUGUGAAAUGGGUAGGCCUAUUUUCCAUUUUGUUUUUCUCCAUCACCUUGUAUCACAUCAAUUGGUUGUGGGCACCAGAGAUUGAAGGAGCUCUCAAAGAUUCUCUGAUUUAUUAUUUUCGUGACGACGAAUUUAUCUCACAACUGUUCUUGUCAAUUUAUGACGAUCACAAGAAGAUGACUCAUAGAACUCAUUUGGAGAACAUCAUCUCCACCUUAAGAACAACGAUCAACGUUGCAUCUACUGGCACGUACAUUGAGGAAUUUGGAAAUUUAGAAACUGUAAAAUGUUUACUGGAAUUGCUGAGUACUGCUCAACUUACAGACAGAAUUACCACUAUUUAUCAACAAAAAGCGAAUGAAGAAGUAGAGAAUAACUUGUCAAAGCUUGCUGCAACUACUCUCACAUCAUUUGUCAAACAUUUUAAUCAACAUCCUCAAAUAAUCGAUAACUUGAGUUAUCUCAUUUUGAAUCAACAAGAAGAAAAAGUAGUCAUGUUUGUUUCCAAUGGAAAAACGGUUGUAAAGAACCUUUUGACAUUCUCGAAGUUUUUGCGUCGAACGUAG